GGUUGCGUUCUGCUUUCCUAAUACGUUUGCGAACCCUUGCUGUUUUGUUGGAACUUGAGAAAACACACAGCGUCUCCACCAACAGAUCGGUCCCCCUUGCCACCAACGUGCAUAAUCGAUGCCAGUGGUGCCAGUUCAAGAAGAGGGGUCACACAAACAUUAGUUUGCGCCUUUGCGCGCCGGAUUUAACAAAGAAACGUUAUGCUAUCGAAUUUCACAUCAAAUCCUCGUCCGUAUCGCUUCUUCAUCGGAAUCCGUAGCAUGAGCAUUCCUAGUUCGUAACCAUGAUGUCCAACGAGCAACAACAGCCUGGCGGCGAUAAUGGCCCCAUCAUCAUCGCCCAUGACUUUAAUGCCGAUGACAGCUCAUCAGACCGGGCGACUAGCAUCGCAUCUUCCAGCACGAGCUUGGCAAGCUCGAUCAUGAACCACCGUAUCGAAAAUGGCAGAACCUACCACAGAUAUAAAGAUGGCCAAUACAGCUACCCCAAUGACGAGAAGGAGAAUGACAGGCUAGACCUUCAACAUAACAUCUUCCUUCUCACGCUCGACUACAAGCUUGGUCUUACUCCGCCGGCUCAGCCCGGAUCCAAGGUCAAACGUGUCUUGGACGUGGGAACCGGCACUGGAAUCUGGUGCAUAGAGUUCGGCGAUGAACAUCCUGAUGCCGAGGUUGUUGGCAUCGAUCUGUCUCCAGCUCAAACAGCAUUCGUUCCGCCCAACGUCAAGUUCGAGGUUGACGACCUCGAGGAACCUUGGACGUACCACACAAAGUUUGACUACAUCCACACGCGCGCCAUGACUUCUAGCAUCGCCGACUGGAAGAGGUUCUUCAAGCAAUCUUACAACUUCCUCGAGCCCGGAGGAUACAUCGAGCUCCAAGAAGGCCACAUAAGGCCCGACUGCGAUGACGACACCCUCAAGCCCACCAGCCCGCUCAUCGAGUGGGUCGACAGGCUGGAAGAGGCCUGCAAUAUCUUUGGGCGUCCGUUCAUCAACUGCCCGAGCCUCAAGCCGCUGCUUGAGGAGGUCGGCUUCGAAGACGUCUCGGUGACAAAGUACAAGUGGCCGAUCAACGCGUGGCCCAAGGAUCCUUACUACAGAGAGCUCGGCAUCUGGAACCUCGAAAACAUGCUGGAGGGCGUCGAGGCCUGGAGCAUGGCCCCCUUCACCAGAGCGCUCGACUGGACGAAAGAGGAGGUGAGUGUCUUCCUCAUCAGUGUUCGAAACGAGUUGAAGAACAAGAAUGUGCAUGCCUAUAUUCCCGUGUACAUGAUCCACGCGAGAAAGCCGCUCAAGCCUGCUGAGGAUGACGAAGAGGCGUCCUGAAGAGAAUCGAGGCAAUCCAGUUCUGAAGUUGAUGUGGAAGGGGUUUGAACUUAGCUAGCUAGUGACAAUCAUGUUGGACAUGGUGAUGAUAAAAUGAAUUACACGCUCACAAGUAGACCUGCAACUCGCCGCAAGUUAUCCAAGACUGAUUGACAUUGUCUACUUCAGUCUCAGAGUGUGUAAUAUCCGGGGGUUCGCGUUGAAAGUAAAAGCUCUUCGUAUCAUACUCCUCGAAAACUCAGUAAUUUCAUCAUGGCAUCGGGCGAGAUUGCUUUCACCCACAACAGCCAAUGGCAUAAUUGAUCUUUCGUGUCCUAAACCUCCG